AUGACGACGCCUUUUAUUCUGCUAAAGUUGUCUAUCGGCGGGAUUCGCCACGGUAUCCCAAACAAAUUGUUUGAACGUGACACUAUCCGCGGUAUGGGGUACCUGACCAGGGAUAUUACUAUGGCUAUGGUGCUCUGGCACUGGGCAUAUUAUCUCGAUGGCCAUAUUAGACUAAAUGCAGGCAUAUCCAGUGUCUUCGACACGCUAGGCCUAGCACUGGUGGCUUCAAGGCUUAGUCUUCACAGGAAUAUGGGUUAUAGGUCACGAGCAUACAAGUGUGGUCAUGGAGCUUUCUUCGACAAGCAAUGGAUCGUGCACACGGCCCUCUGGACUCCGUACUGCAGCUGGAAGAUUUCGCACCAUCGACACCACAGCAAUCACGCAUCCAUGGAGCGAGACGAAGUUUACGUACCUUGGACAAGAGCAGAGCUGAAUAUCCCCGACGACGAGGAUGGCACCGUCAACUACGAGGAAUAUCUUGGUGACACACCCUUGUACACUUUGGCCAUGCUUAUAGGCCAGCAGAUGUUCGCAUUCCCUGCGUAUCUUUACCCAUCUGAUAAAGCGCAAUCGUUGAACUGGUUCGUCGCAGCCCGCUCUACACUCUUCUCCGAUAACCAGAGAAAUGCGGUCAUCUUGUCGAACCUUGGUACACUGGCUAUGAUCGUUCUGACGUACUUCGCAUGUGCGAUCUGGGGACUCGCGGCGGUGGUCAAAUACUACGGCAUCCCAUGGCUGUGCGUCAACCACUGGUUCGUCAUGAUAACCUACCUGCACCAUACCGAUUCCUCUUUGCCCCACUAUCGUGCUGGGGCGUGGAAAUUCGCCCGGGGGGCUGCCGCAACCGUUGAUCGUGAUUUUCUUGGCCGGAUGGGCGACUUUUUCCUUCAUGGUGUUGCGCAUUUCCAUGUUAUCCACCACUUCUUUCCCAAGAUGCCAUUCUACCAUGGCCCUGAAGCCACACAGUAUCUGAAGGUCAUCAUUGGGGACCAGUACCAGUUUUCAUCAAAGUCCGUUUUCAAGGCACUCUGGGACAACUACAACGAUUGCCAAUUUGUUGAGAACACAGGCAAGCAUAUUUUAUACGAUCUAGCAUUAUGGCUGCAUAUAUUUCGCUACUGAUAUCAUGGUCCUAGGGGACGUAGUUUUCUACCACAACAGGACUGGACGGUCUCUCAAAGAGGCACCUACGAGUAUUGGAG